AAAAGAAUUAAGAGAUUACACUCCAAGCAAGCAAUAGGAUCGGACCCAGUAAAAGAACAAAGACAAAAGUUCCAAGCGAAGCACCGCCGAUCUAAGCGAACAGUGGUGCUCUGGUCUUCGCGGCUCGGUUACUCAUUCAGGAACAGGUAGAAGCAGCUAAAUAAACGAGUAAUGGGAAGCAAAGAGAAUGUUAAGCAGCUCGAGGACUGUUCAGUUUCCAAUGCAUUGGGCACUUGGGUAUUCUCAGUAGCAGGGGCUUUGAUAGCCAUUCCAGUGGGUAUAAAAAGGAAAUCUUUCGGACCCCUUGUGUUCUUUGGCACAACUGGUACCAUGCUCGACAUUAUUAUGGGAAUUAAUGCCUGUGAAAAAGAACAUGCAGAACGCCAAAUGAAGCUAUUAGAAGCUCAGAAUUCUGCGGUUGAUGCAUCCUUAACCGAGACUAGAGCUGAGUCCUAAUUUCAAGCACAUAAAGACAUAAUUCUCAUGUCUGGAUCUCCUUUGCUCGACUUUUAAAAGCUUGAAUAAUCACUUUUUGAAAAGCUCUUUGUUUUGAUUGUGUGUAUACGUUCACGGCAAAAUCUGUUGCUCCAGGAUAUAACUUCAUGUGUUAUGCCCCAAAACUCUUACCAGUUAAAAAAGAGCUUGUAUCCAAUCUUCUUCUCUUUGCUUGCC